CAUUAAAAGUUAGUCCUUUUCACAAUGGCUGCUUCCAUCGUUCAAAACGUGCUCUCCAAAGCUGCAGAAGACGAAGCAGAAAAACUAAAAUCUAUUCAAGUUGACAAAGUUGUAGAAUUAGAAUACGACGUGGGAAAUCUUCUAGCUUAUGACAUUAAUGACAUUGACGUUAAUCAGUUCAGAGCGGACAAAGAGGCAUACCUCGCAAAUCUUUCAAGAGACAAUGUCCAACUUUUGAUCAAUCAGAUUUUUCAACUACCGACAAUCAAGGUGGACAAUGAAGUUGUAAUAAAGUUGCCAUCUGCAACCACAAGACUUCCACGAGCAAAGCCUGCACCUAAAGAAAAAGCACUCAGCAAGUGGGAGAAGUAUGCUAAAGAGAAGGGAAUCACCCAACGAAAGAAGUCAAAAGCUACCUGGGAUGAAGAACUUCAGAAAUGGGUUCCUAGAUUUGGCUUCAAAAAGGCUCUUGCUGAAAAAGAGAAAAAUUGGGUUGUUGAAGUCCCAGGAAAUGCCAAGGAUGAUGUUGAUCCAAUUGCAUUACGUAAAACAAAAAAACAAGAGUCUGUUGCCAAGAAUGAAUUGCAGCGGCUGAGAAAUAUUUCUGCCAGAAUGCAGAAGUCAAAAACAAAAGCAAAAAUCAGUUUAGAGCCAACUGAAAGGCCAACAGCAGAGCAACUUAAUCGGUCAGUUUUCAUAGCACACACAGCAACAGCAUCAGUGGGCAAAUUUCAACCUAACCUUAAAGAGCAAAAGCCUGUUUUGAAGAGUGGACAAAAAAGACAUUUUGAUCCAUUGGUUGGUGAUAUCAAGAGAGAAACAUCAAAGAGUCUUGACAUAUUGAACAAGCUGAGUAGCAAGAAACCAAAACUGGACAUCGAUAAAGCCGUAAAUCGGGAAUUAAACACUCCGGGAUCCCUCGACUAUAAGGGUAAAGGCAUGGAGAAGAAAUCGAAAACUCAGUUGAAAAAAGAUCUUGGUAAAAGAAAACACAAGGGAACUAAAGAUAAAAAAAUGAGUGGUAAAAAGGGGGACCGUUCUGCUGGGCGAAGCACCGUUAAGAAAGGAGGAAAACGUACUGGAAAUAAAAACUAAAACGAAUGAAGUAUUCCAUAUACAAUACAAUUGUGAAGUUUCGA